UGUAACACUGUAGACAAGCUGGGGUUUUUUUUUAACUCCAACUCGCUAGCAUUUACUAUCUAGAAGCUUGUGUGAACUUUACGAUGUCCUCCACCGGCAGCACAGGGGAUGUUUUUCAGCAGGUGAACCAGUUUUGGUCCAUCCUGGAUGAUCUUUCUCUAAACGACCCUGCGGCCUACGGCAGGUUCAUAGAGAAACAGAUACAGGAAGGAGAUGAAUUCAGGGCAGCGCCUGAGCUCGACUCUCGUCUGUGCACUGACAUACUGGAGCCCAAGAAAGGGUCACUGUACAUCAACAUAUGCAGCUGGAAACGUGUGCCUGCGCCUCAAGAUCCCAGCAGGCCUAUACCGGUGUGUUCAGGAAAGCUGGAAACAGACACAAAUGAAGGUCAAGGUCGGUACUCAGUGUUGGAUGUGGCAUUAAACCCUGCAGUGCUUCAGGAAAGUAAGAAAGAUAAAACAGAAGUAUAUAUGCUGGCCCUGAGCUUUGCCCAGCAGCAGCAUGGGAUGAGUUUAUCUCAGCAGUACAAUGUUGUCAGCUGUAGCCCAAAAAGCAGCCCAGAUGACUUGCACCGCCGGCUUGGGUUUCGGCAGCGGCCCAACCCCUCCAGACAACCAGACACAGCUAGUCAGAACCCUGCUGCCCUUCUGCAGCAAAUCUCUGCUCUACGGUCUGAGAAACAACACAAGGACCCGGCAAUCCAAAUUAUCAACAGACCUGCAGAGCACAAAAAGAAGGAUUUGAUCCAGAUCAUCUCAACUACAUUUGUGCAGCCUCAGAAGCCAGAGUAUCAACUUGAGGUGAAGACAGAUACAGUAGGAGUUGCUCACAGCAUGGAGCUGACAGUGGAUCUGCCAAAGGUUUACUCCAUGUCAGAGUGCCAGCUGAGAAUCUCCAAGGACGAUGUCUUACUGGAAGUGGAGGAUGUCUACUAUUUGCUUUUGGAAUUCCCCAAAACUGUGAUUGAAGACACUGCGUACGCCAUUUUUAACAAGAAAAAUCGAAGGCUUACUUUGAGAGUGAAUGUUUUCUAACUAUUUGCCUAUAUGGAGAAACAAAUGAGUUGUGAUGGGAAUGGGCUGAAGACACUGUGAUUGUAAGGCUAAACUCUGUCACUGACAAAACGUCAAAGUAAAUAACCAAAACAAACUAAAUUCCUGCUAUGCAUUGUGAAAAAAACUUGUAAACACAUUAAACUACGGAGCGACUCAUGCUCUGCCUCAAAAACUUCAGCAAACAUUAAACAGCUCCCCUGUAAACUGAUCU